AUGUCUGACAGUGAAAGGGUACUUACCAUUGUGGAAAUAUCGCGUAUAGUAGAAAAUGGUGAUAUUUCUAAUGCACGUGAACUAAAUUUGACCAAUUCUAAUAUUACCUCUGUGGAGGAUCUCUCCUCUAUGAAAUCGCUGGAAAAAAUCUCACUGUCUGGAAACAAGAUCGAAGAAUUAGACUUUUUAUAUCAGAAUAUCAAUCUAAAAGCCAUAAAUUUGGCAAAAAACGUCAUCUACAAGAUACCGCGUCUACACCAUCUGGACAGUCUCACGUUGCUCAACUUGUCGAAUAACAACAUCGAACAUAUUGAGAAUCUCGAUUGUUUGCCCUCACUACGUGUGCUAAUACUCAACAACAAUAAGCUCCGUACCGUUCCUAGCCUAUCGCAAUUGAAGAACCUGGAAACUGUAAUACUAAGUCAUAACUCUAUAGAAACAUUUACGCUACCACUGCGUAGCAUGCCCAAAUUGCGCAAGAUUACCCUCAGUCAUAACAAUCUACGGGAAUUCCCGCUCAGUGAAAAAUUUCCAGUUUUACAUGAGCUUCGUCUGAACUCCAACAAAAUUUUAACACUACCUCAUAAUGUUGGACUUAUGAACUCGUUAAAAGUCCUUGAUAUUGGAAACAACAGACUAGUGGAUGUCAAACCUCUCAAGGACCUGGUAAAUUUACAAGAUUUGAAUAUAACCGGAAAUCAUAAAAUAUCGGCAGAUAUACCGGAAAUUUGCAAAAGUUUAAAGUUUUUAAAGAUACUAAACUCUCGCAAGGUAGAAAAGAGAACAAAAAAGGUCAACCAGGCAAAUCGUAAAGAGUAG